CCGGAAAUCUCUGCCAUGACAACUGAACUUUCUAAAACUGACGUGAAAUAAUCAUCAAAACAUUACUAUUUAAACAUUUUACACAUUAAUGUAAGGCCGAUUUUGUAAGACUGGGCAUUUAGUGGUUAUUAUGGAUAACGUUAUGUGGAGAGCAGAAAGGCUGAACGCGCCGGCGGACUUCAUGAAAGCUCCUGAUGGAGCAUCUGUCUGUAACCGCACUCCUCCUCUGAUGACACCUGCUCAGUUUACUGGGGGUCCGCUAGCCUGGCCCACAGCUUCACAGACCACACCCACCCAAGUUCUGCCACAGUUUAGAGCUCUGCCCCCUUCUAAAUUCAGUGAGGAGGGGUUUGGCUGGACAGAGCCUGCUACAGUGGAAGCAUGGCAGCCCGUCUAUCAGAAACACCGGAGUGAGAAAAUAAUACAACAGCUCCCUGACCACAGGUUGCCAGAAGAUGAGAGGAGCAGCUCAAAGCCCCUGCUGCAAGAGAUGGAAAGGUUAAGAGAAGACAAGGAAGGGAUGAGAGGAGAGAUGGAGCGUCUGAAAGGAAGAGUAGAGUGUUUGAGAGAGCAGGUCAGAGAUCAGCAAAACCAAAUAAACAGACAGUGUAUAGAGCGUGAUGAAUUACACAGUCAACUGAAAAGCUGCAAGGCUGAACUAAAUAUGAGCCAAGACCAGCUUUCAACCCUGAAAAGAGAGUAUGAAUUAAAAUAUCAACAUUUGGAGAAAGAGUUACAGGAUUCAAAGCAGGAGAUGGGGAGACUGCAACAAAAACUAGAGACACGGAAUGUCAUGACCGAUGCUGCACAGGAAGUGACCUUACUGAGGACCCAAAUACAGGAAGUGAUAUCAGAGAGAGAUGAGCUGAGAAAUCAACUGAGUGUCCUGAACAGCUCAUUGCUGGAACUGUCUGAGUGUGUGCAGAAACUGCGGACAUACAUUGGCAGCCACAUCACAGAAAAAAAGGAAGAGGAAGAGCUUAGACGACAAAUACAGCAUUUAAAGAAGGAAAAGGAAGCCCUGUCUUUAUCAGUCCAGCUGCUGAAUGUUCGAGUUAACGCAGCCACUGACAUUUUGGCUAUUCAGGAGAAAGAGCUAGGUGAACAGGUGCAGACUGACCCAUUGUACUCUGGCAGUAAAGCUGGGCAGAUGUUGAGUGUUUGGAGACAAAAGGUCUUCAUGCUGCUUGUUAAAUUGCAGACCAGAGAUUUACAACUUCACACAGAGAAAACACAACUGCAUAACAUGGUUUCCUCUCUGCAGCAGCAAGUAGAGUGUUUGCAGUCGCAGAACAGUGUCCUUCAGCACCAACUAGAGGACAAAACGGCCCAGUUGGAGUUACAGCAUGUACACGCAGAGGGAGUACAGCAGCAGUUGGACAGUGCUCUACAGGAGAAUGCUCAGCUGAAAGAGUGCAAUAAGUGUACCGAGGGAUCACUGAAUGAUAUCAGUGAAACAGCACACAGAGUGAUGUCAGCCAUAGAGAUGAAGGCAGGUCAGAUGGAAGCAGUUCAGUCCAGUGUAAGUCAGCUGAACCAGAGACUCACCUUCGCUGCCAAACGUCUGGACACAGUACAUGGGCUGCUGUUAAGGAAAGAAGCUCUUUGGAGAACCAAGAAAGCUACUAGAUCUCCAGAGCCAGCAGUGUCGGAGAGCUUUAUUAAGAGUCUCCAGGCUGAGGUGGUGUUGUUGAGCGCAGAGAGAGACAAACUCGCACAGGAACUCAAACGCACACCAGAGCUCAUCCAGGCCUCCCUGUCAGAACUCCAGCAGCAGCGAGAGAGAGAGCUGGGACACCUGAGGGAAGCUCUAUCACAAAGCAGGGAGGAGUUGGAGGCAUCAGAAUCGAGUCGAAUGGAGAUGCAGAGACAAUGUGAAGAGCAUGAGGGGACCGUUGUGGAGCUCCGUGCUGAGGCCCAGAGACUACAGCAGCAGUGUGACUCAGUUUUACAGAAGGUGUCAGAAGUUGAGAGUGUGUGUGCAGAGAAGCUCAGGGCCAUGGAGGCUCAACUCAAAACAGCGAGGAGAGAGCACACAAAAGCAG